CCUCCCAGUCUCAUCACACCUCUGUCCACCGACUCUUCCUCAUCGUCUCGCCCUCGUCCUCCAAAGUCACAAGGCUGCGAAGCUUCCAGCAACAGGAGAGGAAAGUAAGGAAGCUAUAACGCAGGAGUCCGGAGCCGCCGCAAAACCACCAUCUGCUCUUGCGGAGAACCUCAAGCCAAAGCCACAAAACUGGAAAAAGUCGGGAUUGGCUCGCACCCAGAAGGGGUGCUCACUGCGCGCUCGCUGCGGUCGGGCACCGAGCGAGGAGCUGAGGACACAAAGGCGCCGCUAGGCCCUCCCGCGGUCGCCCGCCGACACCCAGGCUUCCACUGACACGAGCCUCUCGGCGCGGCUUCCGCUUCCGGCGAGUAUUGUGUGUCGCGCUGCGGGGCGGGGGCGGGGGGAGGAGGAAGGAGGGAGGCAGCGCUCCGGCGGCUCUGCGCCCCGCACUCCCGGACCCGAAGCCGGGAAGGUAGGUGCUGUCCCGCCGCCGCGCCGGGGCCUUGGGGCCUGCCCCUGCUGACCGGCUCCGCACGCCGCGUCCUAGCGCCCCGCGACUGCGUCACCGGCCCCCCGCACGUAACCACAGCUGCCUCCGCCCGCCUCGGGCCCGGGCGGACGUUUUGCCGCCCCGGCGACGUCAGCGCGUCCGGCGUUGCUUGGCUACCCCGCCGUUCCCCCGUCCCGCUGCCGCUCGCCUCCCCGGGUGAAACUCUUACGCCGUCACCGCGGCUCUCGGCUGCGUCAUAGCGGCGGGCAUCCCACCUUCACGUCACACCUCCUCCUCACCUGGACACGCAUCCCUCCCUCCCUGCCAACAACGACGUUUCCUCUCCCCGCACUCCAGUCCCCCUGCGCCAGAUCUGGCGGGAGAAGAUGGAGACGGGGGUGGGACCGAGUUGUGGACCACGCUCAGGAAAGGGUUGCAAGGUGGGACCCCCGACAGUGGUAGAAACAAAAUGAGGACGGCUUUGAAGUUUGCCCUUCUACUGAGACACGAGGAAUAGAGGGGGAAAAAUGACCAACCCAGAGACACCGAAGGCUUAACUAGUGCUGUAGCUCCAAGUCCUCUCCCCAUACCUCCCUAACCUUUCCCCAUUUCUCUUCCACACUACUUCUUUGCUAGUCUAGAUCCAUUCUGCCCCCUAACUCUGCAUACAGUUCAACUCACCCCAGGUGAGGAGACCACCUAAUUUCUAGAAGAUUAGGGAAAGGGAAGGGUUACUCGUCAAAGUUGGAUUCCCAGAGGUAGAGAAAAAUCAUCUGACUGAACUUCUCUCCUGGUUGAGGGAGGAAAUUCAGGUCCAAAUAAGCUGUCAGUUCCUACUCCAAAUUAAACACUUUUCACGUGUGCCGUCAACAUAUACAGGAAUAAUCAUUGUUAACCCAACUCAUUACAUGGCCACUUCUCUCUCAACACAUAGACUUACUAAAUUUCCUUCUGUUGGAUCCCUUAGGGAGGGGGGUUAAGGGGAUGGAGAAAUCAACUAUUUCAUGGAUAAAAUUGGUGAUGUUUUAAGGAUGGAAUAGAGGACCAGCCUUCUACUUUAUAAAUCUCUUAGAUGCAUUUCCAAUUCUUUUGAGGCUUCGUUAGAAGUUUUUGAUUGCCUCUUUACUUUUCUCUCUCUUAAUUCCCAACCACUCCAGAACCUAUUAGUUGGAGGUACAGUACAUGCAAGGAGUUAGUUAUUGAUAACUAUUUCAAAAGACUCCAGUCACUGCUGAAUACUUAAAAUAGACUUGUCAGCUCUCUCUUCAAAAAAUUAUUGCCCUGGGCUCAGUAAUAGACUCUUAAGUUGCCAUGAAUUUAUCACUUUUCAGCAGUUCCAGAUGUCCAGAUGCACUCAAAUAGAAAUGAGUUGUAUGAAUAAUUUCAUUCCAAGAAAAGGGCACACUUUCUCUAGGCUAGCCUGAUAAAAGGAAGAAUAAUUUCAAACUUUCUGAAAAGAAGAGGUUGUCACCCUUGCCUAACUCAUUCUAUUUAUUACCCUUUGAAAGACUGAGAGAACAGUGGCAGAGAAUCAAGCUUAGGCUCCAAUGGGCUAUUGUAGUAAAACUCUUCUGUAAUAUUAAACUUUAAAAUAUACUCAAUUUAAGAAAUCUUAAUUAAUGCUUUGGCACUCUUCGCUUUCCCAUACUCUUUUCUCAUCUAUUAGAAGAAGAUGUCACACUAGGAAUACAUUGGUCUGAAACUAUUGGUUCUAAGAUACAAGUGGAAUGAACCUGGAUCAGGAGAAGUACUCAGCUAGAGUUGAAGGAAGCCUCUGUUUCUAGCAAGAGAAAGCAGUGGUAAAAGACAAGAGAUUGAGGGUUGUGUGUCAUUUUGCUGAAGAGAAAAAAUUGAUGGCUGGGAGUCACAAGUUUUAGAAAUGGAGAAACAAAAGAGGUUGAUGUAAUGGAAGAGAAGAUGUAAAAUACUAUGAUGGGGCUAAAUCUGGAGUUAGGAUUUAACACGGGGGUAACUGUCAGGCCAGGGAUGCAAAAUAAACUAAACCUCCAACUGACUUUUUUUUCUCUUCUCCCAUCCUAACCUCAAGUUAAAUAAUGGCAGAGACAAGCCUGUUAGAGGCCGGGGCCUCUGCAGCCUCCACAGCUGCAGCUCUGGAGAACUUACAGGUGGAGGCAAGUUGCUCUGUGUGCCUGGAGUAUCUGAAGGAGCCUGUCAUCAUUGAGUGUGGGCACAACUUCUGCAAAGCUUGCAUCACUCGCUGGUGGGAGGACCUAGAGAGGGACUUCCCUUGUCCUGUAUGUCGAAAGACGUCCCGCUACCGCAGUCUCCGACCUAAUCGACAGCUGGGCAGCAUGGUGGAAAUUGCCAAGCAGCUCCAGGCCGUCAAGCGGAAGAUCCGAGAUGAGAGCCUCUGCCCCCAGCACCAUGAAGCCCUCAGCCUCUUCUGCUAUGAGGACCAGGAGGCUGUGUGUUUGAUAUGUGCAAUUUCCCACACCCACCGGGCCCACACCGUCGUGCCACUGGACGAUGCCACACAGGAGUACAAGGAAAAACUGCAGAAGUGCCUGGAGCCCCUGGAGCGGAAGCUGCAGGAGAUCACCCGCUGCAAGUCCUCUGAGGAGAAGAAGCCUGGGGAACUCAAGAGACUAGUGGAGAGUCGUCGACAGCAGAUCCUAAAGGAAUUUGAAGAGCUUCAUCGGCGGCUGGAUGAAGAGCAGCAGGUGUUACUUUCACGACUAGAGGAGGAGGAACAGGACAUUCUACAGCGCCUCCGAGAAAAUGCUGCUCACCUUGGAGACAAGCGCCGGGACCUGGCCCACUUGGCUGCUGAGGUGGAGGGCAAGUGCUUACAGUCGGGCUUCGAGAUGCUUAAGGAUGUCAAAAGUACCCUGGAAAAAUGUGAGAAGGUGAAGACCAUGGAGGUGACUUCAGUAUCCAUAGAGCUGGAAAAGAACUUCAGCAAUUUCCCCCGACAGUACUUUGCACUAAGGAAAAUCCUUAAACAGCUAAUUGCGGAUGUGACCCUGGACCCUGAGACUGCUCAUCCUAACCUAGUCCUGUCGGAAGAUCGUAAGAGCGUCAAGUUCGUGGAGACAAGACUCCGGGAUCUCCCUGAUACACCACAACGUUUCACCUUCUACCCUUGUGUCCUGGCUACUGAGGGUUUCACCUCAGGUCGACACUACUGGGAGGUGGAGGUGGGCGACAAGACCCACUGGGCAGUGGGUGUGUGCCGGGACUCUGUGAGCCGAAAGGGCGAACUGACCCCACUCCCUGAGACUGGCUACUGGCGGGUGCGGCUGUGGAACGGGGACAAGUAUGCAGCCACUACCACACCUUUUACCCCUUUGCACAUCAAGGUGAAACCCAGGCGGGUAGGCAUAUUCCUAGACUAUGAGGCCGGUACACUGUCUUUUUACAACGUUACAGACCGCUCUCAUAUCUACACCUUCACUGAUACUUUUACUGAGAAACUUUGGCCCCUCUUCUACCCAGGCAUCCGGGCUGGUCGGAAGAAUGCUGCACCACUUACCAUCAGGCCCCCAACAGAUUGGGAGUGACAGGUAGGGACGUGGGAAUAAUCAGGGUGAGGCAGGGUCAAGAGCUACGGGCCUUCCUUCCUGUGACCUGCUGGAACGUCUUCGUGUCUGCCUGGUUCCAGUCCUGAACCAUCUGGGAGAACACCUUGGUUUCUAGAAUGGUUUAUGGGGAGGAGUAGUUAGGACUGGGCUGGGACGAGAGCACUGCAGUGUCUCCCUCCUCACUGUUAGGGUGGAGAGCUGGUUCCCAGGGGGUAGUCUCCUCUGAAGUCCAUCAGGUUUUCUGUUGCACAAGGAUGGGUUGGAAGGAAGGAGAGGCUUUUCCAGAAACAACAAGUCUGUGGGAGGGUCUGACUUGCUCAAACCAGAGGAGGAAACAGAACCCCCUGUACAUCCUUUUAGGGGGUUCUUUGACCCAAAACAAUCUUGUUUUUUUAGGAAGAUCACAGGGGUCUUGGUACCUCUAAAUUGAAAUAAAGAUGAAUGACAGUUGCUCUCGUGGGUGUAGAAGUUGAGGAGUUAUUUUCAGGGCAGAGAUUGGGCAUCAAGAAGGUUAGAAAUAAGGUCAGGAAAGGGGGCUAAAUGAACAGAUUCCUAAAGAAUAAUGAAGGGGAGAAGGGUUUCUUUGGUUGCCAUUAUGAGUAGGAUUGGCCAGAGGUAGGAAUGUGGGGAGGAGGGGGUAGGAAGAAAGAGAACCCAGGUCCCUGCCUUAGCCUUCAGCAGAGAUGGCUCAUCGCCCACCUCCUUGUAGUUGCUCAUCUCCACGAGCUGUUACCUUGCUCAUCUGGAGAGGCAAGAUGCAAGAGAUCCUGCAAGACACAUCUACCCUUUCACUGCUUUCCCAAGGGAACUUGGAAAGGAGAGAGUCAGGUAUUAGAGGAAAGAGAAAAGUAUUCCUAUCCAAAGCCCUGGCCUUAAAGAAUGCUACUAAGUAGCUACUCCCAAGUUGUCAGCCUUGUUACCUGGCUAAGGUGUCCAAGCCAGACAGGGAAAAAGAAAACGGAGUCUUCCUCACCCUGGGGACAGGGUAGAAGAGGGUGGUAUGUAUAGGGAAGGGCCAGAUAGGCAAGUUCCUUUGGCCUGUGUGCAUCUGGCCUGGAACUAGUGUUCACAAGAGCCGGAUUUUGUUUGUUGCCAUCCUUCACCUUUUGCCAUUUCUCAUAUCAGAGAAUGUAAAUCAUUUUAAUGUUAGGCCAAAAUAAACAACCUGUAGGGUACAUAUGUUGUCAAAAAAGGUAAAGCAAUGCAUGCCAAACCAAACUAAAAUGACUGGAUUAUCUGCUACUUGGGUAAUCAGGGGUUCACAGAAGAUUAGGACAAGAAACUGCAGUUUAUUGAGGGCAUUUCAGCUGCUCCUACCACCUCAACAGGACUUUGUCCAGACUCUCCUCUUACCUUUGUGCCUUGACUGUGGUUCUUUGUGGCAAGAUGCUUUGGUUGGUAAAACAUAAUAUGGAACAAAGGA